GGAUUUCUCAAAUUUCUCUCAAUCAAACGUUAAAAACCACAUCACUCUCUUUCUCUCUGAUUUUCUCUCUUAAUGGUUUUUCUGUUCCUUGUUCUUGUUCAGUUGUUCCAAAUUUCCAUUUUCAUUGCAGCCACAGAAACAGAAAACCAAACAAUCAUCAAUCUCCAACCCUUUCGCAGGUGUGCCUACUAAAUUUUGCUGCUGUGUAGUUGAAAGUUAACAAGUUUCUGCUUUGUUCUUUGGUAGUUCUUCAAAGCUUUUUAAGAAGUUCAUCAUCUUCAGUAUUCUCUAGUGUCACUACAAAACCAGGGAAUGCUGAAUGAUGUGCUUGCAAGUAAAUAGUUCCUUCUCGGAGUUUAAUGAGGCUUUGGCUCCAUCUGGGCUAGCCUUGUUUAUCCUUGAUGAGAUUGGGUGUUCAAACCUCUGCCGACGUCUAUUUUUCGCUCAUGUGCCGGUCACCGGAAAUCUCAAUAGUUGUUCAAUGCCAGAACAUGAACUUUGUGAAGAUGGUUGAUCUUGGAGAAUCUUCUUAAUCCCCAUUUUGGUCACUUAACUACAUCUACUUAGUGUAUUAUAGCACUGAUUUCAGCAUCCCGUGUAGGUCUUACUAGAAAUGGAACAAAAAGGAAGUGUGCUUAUGCAGCGAUACGAACUAGGGAAGUUAUUAGGCCAAGGGACCUUUGCAAAGGUCUACCAUGCUAGGAACCUUGCAACUGGCAUGAGUGUGGCCAUUAAGGUAAUUGAUAAAGAGAAGAUAUUGAAAGUUGGGAUGAUUGAACAGAUUAAGCGUGAAAUUUCUGUGAUGAGACUAAUUCAGCAUCCACAUGUGGUUGAGCUUUAUGAGGUAAUGGCCAGUAAAACCAAAAUCUACUUCGUCAUGGAGUAUGCAAAAGGGGGUGAGCUCUUCAACAAGAUACUUAAAGGAAAACUCAAAGAGGAUGUUGCCAGGAGAUACUUUCAGCAACUGAUUAGUGCAGUAGACUAUUGUCACAGCCGGGGUGUGUGCCAUCGAGAUUUGAAACCAGAAAAUCUACUAUUGGAUGAAAAUGAGAAUUUGAAGGUUUCAGACUUUGGAUUGAGUGCUCUUGCUGAAUCGAAGCACCAAGAUGGAUUACUCCAUACAACAUGUGGUACGCCCGCCUAUGUUGCGCCAGAAGUGAUAAACAGAAGGGGUUAUGAUGGGGUGAAAGCUGAUAUAUGGUCCUGCGGGGUAGUCUUGUUUGCUCUGCUGGCUGGUUAUCUUCCAUUCCAGGAUAAAAAUCUGAUGGAGAUGUAUAGGAAAAUCGGUAAGGCGGAAUUCAAAUUUCCUAAGUGGUUUGCACCUGAUGUUCGCCGAUUGUUGUCCAAAAUCUUGGAUCCAAACCCAAGGACAAGGAUAUCAAUGGCCAAAAUCAUGGAAAGUUCUUGGUUUAAAAAGGGGUUAGACAAGUCUGUGAUUACUGCAACUGAAAACAAAGAGCUAGCCCCUCUGGAUGCUGAAGGUGUUUUCGACACAUGCGAGAACUGUCCAAUUGCAAAGCCCAAGAAAGAGCAGGGAAAACCUUUCAAUUUAAAUGCCUUUGACAUAAUCUCUUUCUCCUCCGGCUUUGACUUAUCCGGUUUGUUUGAGGAUGCCGAGCAAAAGAAAGAGGUCCGGUUCACAUCCAACAAGUCCGCCUCGACCAUAUUCUCUAAGUUGGAAGACAUUUGCAAGCGCUUUCAGUUAAAAGUGAAUAAGAAAGACGGAGGUUUGUUGAAGUUGGAAGGUUCCAAGGAAGGCAGAAAAGGGAUCUUGGGCAUUGAUGCUGAGAUUUUCGAGAUAACCCCACAGUUCCAUCUGGUAGAGUUGAGAAAGGCCAAUGGUGACACAGUGGAGUACAAGAAGCUUCUGAAACACGACAUUCGGCCGGCUCUCAAGGACAUUGUUUGGUCAUGGCAGGGAGAACAACCAACACAACAUGAAGUGGUGCCGGAAGAGCAACAACAGCAGUCUCAUGUUGUGCCUGGUUAUUAGGUGCUUGAUGGUGUGUACUAUGCAAACUACUUGAAUGUUGUUUUUACUACCUAGGGUGUUAUUAUGUUAUAAGCUUAACUAUGUUAUGAUCUUGGUCAAGUCCCCUUGUUAAUUUGACAUAUAGUCAGAAAUAAGGUGGCUAGUUCAAUCUCUUGUACAGAUUGUAUAACUGAAUUGCAAAUUUGACCAUUUGGAUCUUAAA